CCACCCACCUCCCAUAAUACAUCCCCCCUCCCCCUUCCCCCCACACCAAUUUCUCUCUCCUCGAACGAGCUUCCCUUCCGUUUCUCUUUCCUCUCUCUCCGCUCCCUUCAUCCAUAUCUCAUCGUCUUCAGAUUGGAUCGAUUCUGCAGCUGAUUGAGACGGUUUUCGGUUUGUGUUGUGGUGGUCGUUGGUGAUUUUUGGAUCUCCGGCGGAAGAGAAAUGGCGGAAGAGCACCGGUGCCAGGCCCCCAGGCUGUGCGCGAACAACUGCGGCUUCUUCGGGAGCCCCGCCACCCAGGAUCUCUGCUCCAAGUGCUACCGCGACCUCCAGCUCAAGGAGCAGCACUCCUCCAACGUCAAGCUCGCCCUCAACCAGACCCUCGCCUCCUCCUCUUCCUCCGCCGUCGCCGAGGCGGCCUCUCCUUCCCCGCUCUUUUCGUCUCCGAGCGUGCCGGUCGCCGAUCCGUCCCCGGUCGAGGAGAAGGUCGCGGCGGCGGCGGAGGUUCAGCCGCUGGCGAACAGGUGCUGGACGUGCAGGCGGCGGGUGGGACUGACGGGGUUCAAGUGCAGGUGCGGGAUGACGUUCUGCGGGUCCCACAGGUACCCGGAGCAGCACGCCUGCGGGUUCGACUUCAAGUCCGUGGGGAGGGAGCAGAUCUCCAAGGCCAAUCCCGUCAUCAAGGCCGAAAAGCUCGACAAGAUAUGAAAAACCAUUUGAAUUAAUUUCGCCUCUUCGUGAUUCGAUCUCCGUCUUAGUGUGAUUUGGAUUGGAUGUUUUCAGGGGGAAAAAAAAAAGUUCGGGGGAAGCGGACUUGUCGCCGGUCCUCCCAUCGCGGCGCCGCCGGUGGCGAUGGCCUCUGUUAGGUGGUGGGGCUUGCCGGCCAUUAGUGUGGGUUUGCGUGGGGGGGCCGGCGUGGGUAAUAGUGGGGGGGUUAUUGUCAUGUGUGGUGGGUUCUUGUAAAUUCGACGACCUUUUUAAUAUUUUCCAUAAUUCUCGUCCUACUUUUUAAA